CUGUGGGGGUGCGGUGUGGGCAGGACAUAGAGCACUCGGCGAGGACUGAGCAGUGCAAACUCGAGCUGGUCUGAAAGUGGGUAGCGAGCAGAGCCAGACAGAAGCUCAGAACCCCGUGGCUGUUUAUAUCCUGCCGUGUUUCAGGACUGAACAAGAACUGAGAGUGAAUCCAGAUCCCUGCAGCCUGGGAGGAAAGACACCUCGUGUAGCAGCCUGGAGCAGAAGCCAACACCCACCGGAAUGCGAAGAACCUUUUAACCUGACCAUUUUGGUGCCAAUGAGGGGAGAGAGGGAAAACUGACAUACCGGCUCUCAACAGCUCAAAUAAUGGAUGUUCUGCCAUCGCCCUGAAGGAGGUCAUUUGCCAUUCAUUCCUCAGUAAACUGGAAUCUCUCAAAAGAUUUUCUCAAACAGGUUGGCAGGAAUCGGAUCCGGCUGCCGAGAGGACGAGAUUGUAACGUAAGGGAGGGUCUCGCUUGUUGCCGUGGGAACCAUGGCUCUCCUGUGGAACUGGGUCCUGAUCCAGCUCGUGGCUGUGAAUGCCUUUCAUGGGAAAACUAAAGGACUCAACCCAAGGCUAAAGAUGUCUUAUAACGAUCUGACCUCCCGAGGACUUGUUACCUACCAACUAAACCAUUCGUGCUGCUACAAUACCCUGUUAAUGGACGAGGAACGGGGACGCUUAUUUGUUGGGGCAAAGGAUUACCUCAUCUCUCUCAGUCUGGAUAACAUCAACAAUCAGGAGAGAAAGAUAAACUGGCCAGCUCCUGUUGAGUGGAGAGAAGAAUGCAACUGGGCAGGAAAAGACCUUCAUGCCGAGUGCGCCAACUUUGUCAAAGUGCUGCAUUUGUUCAACAGGACCCAUCUGUACACCUGUGGCACAGGAGCCUUUCACCCCACCUGUGCCUAUUUGGAAGUGGGCAACAGAAUUAAUGAACAUUUGUUCAGGAUUGACCAGAUUGAGGACGGCAAAGGCAGAAGUCCCUACGAUGCCAAACAUCUGUCAACCUCUAUUCUGAUCGGUGAGGAGCUGUACUCGGGCGUUGCCACAGAUUUAAUGGGCCGAGAUUUCACCAUCUUCCGUAGCCUGGGCCAUCGGCAUUCCAUCAGAACCGAGCAGCACGACUCCCGCUGGCUGAACGACCCCAAGUUCAUCGGAGCUUUCUGGAUUCCCGAGAGCGACAAUCCCGACGAUGACAAGAUCUAUUUCUUCUUCCGAGAGACGGCGGUGGAAGGGCAGAACUUUGGGAAAUCGACCUUCUCUCGUGUUGGUCAGAUAUGUCGGAAUGACUAUGGAGGCCAGAGGAGUCUGGUCAAUAAAUGGACCACCUUUCUGAAGGCCCGUUUAAUCUGUUCCGUGCCGGGGAAUGAAGGCAUUGACACACACUUUGACGAGCUGAGGGAUGUCUUUUUGCUCCAGACAAGAGACCCCAGGAACCCUCUUGUCUACACAGUCUUCGGCACUUCGAGUAAUGUGUUCAGGGGCUCGGCUGUGUGUGUGUACAGCAUCAAUGAUAUUCGCAGAGCUUUCCUGGGACCUUUCGCACACAAAGAGGGGCCAAAUUACCAGUGGAUUCCAUACCAAGGAAAAGUUCCCUAUCCUCGACCAGGAAUGUGUCCGAGUAAGACCUUUGGAAACUUCCAGUCGACGAAGGAGUUUCCUGAUGACGUGGUGCUGUUUGCUCGUAACCAUCCUCUGAUGUACAAUCCCAUCUACCCCAUUAACACCAGGCCACUCCUGAUAAAGACCAACGUCGACUACAGCUUCACUCAGAUAGUAGUAGACAGAGUGGAUGCCAGCGAUGGACGCUACGAUGUUAUGUUUAUCGGCACUGAUGUUGGAACAGUUUGGAAAGUGAUCUCGGUGCCCAAAGAGAGCUGGCAGAACAUGGAGGAGCUUCUUUUGGAAGAGCUGCAAGUCUUUAAGGACUCAGCCCCAAUCACGAACAUGGAGCUCUCCUCAAAAAGACAACAGUUGUACAUUGGCUCGGACACAGCGAUAUCCCAGCUGCCUCUACAGCGUUGCAGCAUCUAUGGGAAGGCCUGCGCCGAGUGCUGUCUGGCCAGGGAUCCGUACUGCGCCUGGGAUGGCAACACGUGCACCAGAUACCUGGCAAACACCAAAAGGCGGUUCCGACGUCAAGACGUGCGCAAUGGGGACCCUAACACACUAUGCUCUGGAGAUCGUCACCGACAGAACACGAUUGAGAAGCAUCAGUACGGGGUGGAGGGGAGCAGUACCUUCCUGGAGUGUGUUCCCAAGUCCCUGCAGGCCCAGGUCACCUGGACCCACCAGAGACAUUCCAACGCUCGGAGAGACGAGGUUCACACAGACAAUCAGGUCAUUAAGACGCAGCGGGGUUUGCUCCUGAGGAACGUUCAACGCAGGAACGCGGGCGUGUACCUGUGCCACACGGUGGAGCACGGCUUCAGCCAGACCCUUAUGAGCUUCUCCCUGGAGGUGAUCGGCCUGGAGCAGGCAGACGAGCUGGUGCGGAGGGAGGGGCCCGGGCCAGGUCCCCGAGGAAACCCCUCGUCAUCCAGCCAGAAGGUCUGGUAUCGUGACUUCCUCCAGCUGAUUGACCACCCCAACCUCAGGAAGGUGGACGAGGUCUGCGAGCAGGUGUGGCAACGGCGCGCGGGCAAGGUCAAGCACAGGCGGGCCCCAGCCCGCAAACUCCACACCAAGUGGAAACACCCGCAGGAGGUGCGGAGAGGGAGGAACCGACGGACGCAUGACGUGGCACGAGCCGAUCGAGCCCCGCGCAGCGCCGUCGUGUAGUCGACGAGCCCCGGGAGACGCAAAAAAAAAAAAACAACAACCUUUUUAUAAGUAACAAAACCCGCUCCUGGGAGUGACGUCACGGACUUGAGCGAUGCCGGUAGGAAAAAGCAUUGCGCCCUCUUUCUCCCACACACACUUUCUUAAGUUUACAUCAAACCACUGGGUGACAAGACACUUCUCUCUAUCGGAACCACUUUGACAUUAACAUCCGGCUCUUCGUGUUCUAGUGUGUAGUAUUUCCUCCUCGUACUCCAACUCUGCUAUGGAGUGAAAUGAUGACAGGUCUAGAGUGCCAGCGAUGGCUGGGAGCCUUUGCCCUCAUUUCCCAUUCUGACUGACCACUUGACUGUGUCUGACGCUGAAUGAAUCUCUCCCGGCUUCCGUCCUCCCACACGGACGCAGCUCGCAAACGGAGCCUUGUUGGGGGAGGCAAUGCAGGGAUGGAGGUGGAUUUGAGGGAUUGCUGUUUUAAUCCAUUCUGCUCCGAGCAAUCCCAAAUCUUGCUCCUCGCCAAACCCCAAGACUUUGGGUCUCAGCAGCGUAAGCAAGGAGAUUGGCAUUGCCUCUCAGGACUGAAGCCCUUGCAUUGAGAAUUCCCUCCCACCCUUCCUCUUUCCCUCCCUCCCUGCCUCCCUCUCUCCAACCCUUCGUAGAGCGCAGCUCUGUUAAAACCCUCAACGCAGUUUGAGUUACACUCCAGACAGCAGAUGGAGCCAUCUUCAGACGGUUUGAUGUUGAAGAUCUACACGUGGACGAAUUGAAGAUCUCCUGAUUCCCUCUGACCCCGAUGCCUGGAGGUUUAUGGAGCUGGGAGCCCGUCGCUCACUGUAACCAAGGAAUUCACCGUGCAGGAGAUGUUGCCACCAGACCGAGCCUCUCCAGUCCAGGAAUUGGGGUAUCAACAAAUACAAAGGACCAAAGCCUCACAAGUUGCCUCCAUUUGAACACUGACCUGAAUGAUAGUUGACUUAAGGUCUCCGACACGCUACCCCGUGCGAAUGGUGCUACAUAAAUGCAAGUUGUUGUUGUUUUAAGCGAAAGGGAUUGCGCCGAGAACUGCUGAUCAAAGCGUAUGUAUGGGUGAGUACGAGUGUGAACGGUGAGAAGGUCAGAGCCUGUUCAAGCACAGUUUGGGGCCUGGGUCCAUCAGCCUGAGUGAGAGGUCAGAGGUUAGCUGUGUCUUAUUUAUAACCUGGUGGCCUUUCCUCCCCCAUAACACCCCCUCUCCCCCCCCAUUCCCUACUCCUUGUUGCAAACGGUGUGGCAGUUUCUUUAGAACUCAGGAUGGUUCAACCUUUUGUGCUGCUGAGGGCCGGAUGCCGGAUUUGAGAAAAGUCCUUGGGCCACAUAAGUAAUAUUUUAUCCUGAUUGUCCAGUCCCAUAGCUGGGCAGAGCCUGAGCCCCCGGUGACCGUCUCCUGAUCGGGGGCCUGCGUGUCGCCUAUAUUUGCUCGUUGGACACCAAGUUGGAAAUGGUUCCCGGCCAGAUGAAAUCAUCCCUGGGGCCAGAUGCGGCCCGUGUGCCGCCAGUUAGACCACCCCCGCAUUAGGUCAUGCGCUGUAUAAAUCAAUCCCAUGGUGAGCAAGCGAGUAAGGUGCCGCCCGGUGAGACACUGAAACUGUCGCCAGCUUUAGUAAUACAUUUCCAAUGAACGGAUUGAACAAGUUUUCCAGCCCUGACCGCAAAGCUUUGACAGGAACAUUCCACUCCGUACAUGAAUUCAGCACCAGUUUGGUGUGCGGCUGAGAGACAGACGCGUGGAAAGUCAGGUUGAGCUGUUGGCAUUUGUGCCCCUGAACUGACCAUAGUCCGGGGGGGGGAGAAAGGCUGGGUUUACCCCGGGAGAUGGGACUGGCUAGGAUCCUCUGUCUAAAUGUGACC